AUGAAGGACCUGGGACCAUUGCAGUAUUUUCUUGGCAUUGAGGUGGCUUCUUUUCCCAAGGGUUACUUUCUGUCCCAGGCUAAGUAUGCUAACGAGGUUAUCCAUCAUGCCAGACUUACUAACACUAAGCUGUCUGAUACCCCCAUCGAGCUUAAUGUAAAGCUCAACACUACUGAUGGGGUUCCUCUAGAUGAUCCUACGUUAUAUUGCGAGCUUGUGGGUUGUUUAGUCUAUCUGACAGUUACUCGCCCUGAUCUUGCCUAUGCUGUCCAUGUGAUUAGUCAGUUUGUUUCUGCCACUCGCUCUACACAUUGGGCUACUUUGCUUCGGAUUCUUCGCUAUCUUCGCAGUACUAUCUUUCAGGGCUUGCUGUUCUCUUCUACUUCUUCCUUAGACUUGGUGGCUUAUGCUGAUGCUGAUUGGGCUGGUGAUGUUAAUGAUCGUAAAUCUACUUCUGGUUUCUGUAUGUUUCUUGGUGAUUCCCUUAUUUUUUGGAAAAGCAAGAAACAGACUGUUGUUGUCCGUUCUACUGCCGAAGCUGAGUAUCGUGUUAUGGCUCAUGCUACUGUUGAAAUUGUCUGGCUUCGUAUCUCUUAUCUGAGAUUAGGAAUUAGUGGUACUCUAUAUAAAUGA